UUUCUAUACCACAAGCUCGGUAACCCCGAGCUACACUCGGGCUUACCAUGCGGCGCUGCUAAAUUCCUGGGGGUCCCUGUAGCACUUACCUUGUCCUUCGUUCCCACGAUGUGUCCCCUGCAGCGUCCCCGGCCAUCUCCUCCGGCCGAUGCCGGCAUCCGGCUUCUGUGUUCCGGUCCCCCAAUGACGUCGGUUUUACCGGCGUCGCCGGCUAGUUUGGGCGGGAAAUUUAAAAAAUUAAAAAAAUGUCAUUUUUUUUUUUUUUCAAUUUUAUAAUAUGCUUUGUCCUGUGCCCUUCCUGCAUUUUGUCUGUUCUUUCUG